AUGGAGAGCUCCCCUUACUUCCAGCUCACGUGCUCCAACGACGCGUACCGUGUUGUGCCGCCGGGUGCGUCUGCCCUUGUGCGCAUCCGCUUCACCCCCAACAAGAACAAGGAUUAUUCCCAUGAGCUCGUCUGUGUCACUGAAAGGGAAAGGAUAGUUGUGCCAAUUCGGGCCAUUGGUGCCCGAGCUAUCCUGGACUUCCCUGACCAGCUGGACUUCUCCAAGUGUCCAGUCAAGUGCAGCACCCAGAAGACUCUGCUGGUGCGCAAUGUCGGAAACCAGGCAGCUCGUUACCGGCUGAGCACCCAGAGUCCUUUCUCCGUGAUGCCAGCCAUAGGAAUUCUGGACGCUGGUGACACCAUGCAGGUGACAGUGGGAUUUCACCCGCUGACCACCGGUGACCACUGUGGGUCCCUGGCAGUGUGCUGCAGCACAGGUGAAGAAAAUAUCCACACAAAGCUCCGUGGAGAAGCUGUAGAUGUCAAUGCUGGGUUGAGCACAAACUCCAUGGAGUUUGAGAAGACUUUCAUCACCAUGUCAAGCCACAAAACAAUGUUGAUUGAAAACAGGAGUAACAUCACAGCCCACUUCCAGUGGAAGGCUUUUCCUACUGAGAAAGGAGAGAUUGAAGAGAAGAGGAGGUUGGUGUGAAAGAUGCAUUUCAGUGAGAUACAUGGCCCAAGACUGAAAUUGACGUGUGGCCUGAGGGGGGUGUUGGUGCUUCUGAAUGGUUUAGGCCAAGUAAACCAUGCCUGGCA